GCGCUUUAUCCGCCAUAUUGGGAAAACGAAAAUUUUCAAGACAGAAGUUUACACAUCAAAUGGAAAAUGUUUCCAAUUCAACCAGGUAUAAGCUCAAGCUUGAUGACCGGUCAGAUGAAUGGCUCGGUUGGUGGCCAGUCACCAUUUGUGUUUCCUCCAGUGCAAUCAGAUGUACCACCACCAAGUCUGCCAUUCCCUGGGCUGCCGUCGGAUAUGCUUCCACCUCCGGCACCAGGCCCACCUGGACCACCAGUUCCUGCACCACCAGAUUUUACCUGCCCACCAAGACCCAACACUGGGACUGAUGGACGUCCAAUCCUUCUACGUGCUAACCAUUUUCAAGUGAGAAUACCUAAAGGUGUCAUUCACCACUAUGACAUCUCCAUCACCCCAGACAAGUGUCCCCGUCGGGUCAACAGAGAGAUCAUUGAGACAAUGGUAAACGCAUAUGGAACAAAGAUUUUUCAGGGAGCUAAACCUGUAUUUGAUGGAAGGAAAAACCUGUACAGUAGAGACCCACUGCCUAUUGGCAAAGAUAAGGUGGAACUUGAGUUAACUCUCCCGGGGGAAGGCAAGGAUAGAAUUUUUAAAGUAACAAUACGAUGGAUUGGUCAGGUUAGUUUGAGUGCAUUGGAGGACGCACUAAAUGGGCGGUGUCAGAGCAUCCCUAUAGAGUCGACGCAGGCACUGGACGUUGUCAUGCGACACCUCCCGAGCAUGAAUUACACACCAGUUGGCCGUUCGUUUUUCUCACCGCCAGAGGGCUACGACCAUCCCCUAGGAGGUGGCAGGGAGGUGUGGUUCGGUUUCCAUCAGAGUGUACGGCCUUCACUGUGGAAAAUGAUGCUUAAUAUUGAUGUGUCAGCAACAGCAUUUUACAAAGCACAGCCGGUGAUAGAGUUUAUGUGUGAGGUAUUAGACAUGAAAGAUAUGUCAGAACAAAAACGUCCACUCACUGAUUCACAAAGAGUGAAGUUCACUAAAGAAAUAAGAGGUUUGAAGGUGGAGAUCACACACUGUGGAAACAUGAAAAGAAAGUACAGGGUAUGCAAUGUAACACGUAGACCAGCACAGACACAGUCUUUCCCACUGCAGCUGGAUUCAGGGCAGACUGUGGAGUGUACAGUGGCCAGAUAUUUCCUAGAGAGGUACAAGAUGAAGUUGAAUUACCCACAUCUACCAUGUCUACAAGUAGGACAAGAACAAAAACAUACAUAUCUACCCCUUGAAGUGUGCAAUGUUGUUGGAGGCCAAAGAUGUAUAAAGAAGUUAACAGACAACCAGACAUCGACCAUGAUCAAGGCAACGGCCAGGUCGGCUCCAGACAGAGAGAAGGAAAUCAAUAAUCUUGUACGUAAAGCAAACUUCAACUCAGACCCAUACCUCCAGACGUUUGGCAUCAGUAUUAUACCACAGAUGGUGGACGUUCAUGGCCGAGUCUUGAACCCACCAAAAAUCCAGUACGGAGGAAGGGUAGGUUUAAAUACAAAGUCACAAGUCCUACCGAUGGACGGUGUGUGGGACAUGCGUGGCAAACAGUUCUACAAUGGUAUAGAGAUACGUGUAUGGGCAAUAGCCUGCUUCGCUCCUCAGCGAGCCGUGCGGGAAGACGCUCUCAGGAAUUUCACACAGCAGUUACAAAGGAUAUCCAAUGAUGCAGGAAUGCCGAUCCUUGGUCAGCCGUGUUUCUGCAAGUACGCCACUGGACCGGACCAGGUGGAACCGAUGUUCCGGUAUCUGAAGAACACUUACCAAGGUCUUCAGGUUAUAGUGGUGGUACUGCCUGGCAAAACUCCAGUAUAUGCCGAAGUAAAACGUGUAGGAGACAUCAUGUUUGGUUUGGCCACACAGUGUGUGCAGGCAAAGAAUGUGAACAAAACAACUCCCCAGACUCUCUCAAACUUGUGCCUGAAGAUAAAUGUGAAACUGGGUGGCAUCAAUAAUAUACUCUUGCCAAGUAUACGACCUACAGUAUUCCGAGAGCCUGUCAUAUUCCUAGGUGCUGAUGUAACACAUCCACCUGCUGGAGACGCUAGUAAACCUUCUAUAGCAGCUGUUGUAGCUAGUAUGGAUGCCCACCCUAGUCGGUACUCGGCCACUGUGCGGGUACAGCAACACAGACAGGAGAUCAUUCAGGAACUCGCUUCAAUGGUGAAAGAGCUACUAAUACAGUUCUACAAAUCUACGAGAUUCAAACCCACACGUAUCAUAUUCUACAGGGAUGGCGUGUCUGAAGGCCAAUUUCAGUCUGUACUGUCUCAUGAGCUACGUGCUGUACGUGAAGCCUGUAUGAAGCUCGAGGCUGACUACCAGCCAGGUAUUACGUUUAUUGUCGUACAGAAGCGCCACCACACGCGUCUGUUCUGUGCCGACAGGAAGGACCAGAUAGGACGGAGCGGUAACAUUCCCGCCGGGACCACAGUAGAUGUAGGAAUCACCCAUCCAACAGAGUUUGAUUUCUACUUGUGUAGUCAUGCUGGUAUUCAGGGUACAAGCAGACCGUCACACUACCAUGUACUCUGGGAUGAUAACAGAUUCUCAGCUGAUGAGUUACAGAUGCUCACGUAUCAGUUGUGCCAUACAUAUGUCCGAUGUACCCGAAGUGUCUCCAUUCCAGCUCCAGCAUAUUAUGCUCAUCUUGUGGCGUUCCGAGCUAGGUACCAUCUUGUGGAGAAAGAACACGACAGUAGUGAAGGGAGUAGUCGACAUUCGUCAGACCACAGCGACGACAGGACCAGCAGUAUAAUAGCCCGCACUGUUACUCUCCAUCCAGAUACCGUAAAUGUUAUGUACUUCGCAUGAGUUUCAGUACCAGUUUUAAGGGACAUUCCUCCAGAUAAACAUUAAAAUUUGAAAACAGAUAUACAGGCAACAUAUAUUAGAAUUAAAAAUCAUUAAUAUUAUCUAAACUUUGGCAGUUCCUAUGCAACAACAUCUACUUGAAUGCUAUUUCGGCAUCCAUAAGUCGUAACAGAAAACGGCUUUUUCAUAAUAACUGGAGAAUGCUGAAAAAGGCAUACGUACUUAAUUGAACAGAAAUUUUCAGUCUAGGUUCUAAGUUGCUAGAUUAAGAGUCAGUUACAAAGUAUAUCCCGACUUGUAUUUUACAUCAUAUUUCUGCUACUUGAGAGUUUUCUGCAGAUUAUGCAGUCUAAACAAUUGUUUUAUGAGUAAAUACUGCACAGAAUUCACUGCAUCAUUUUAAUUUUACAUUUUCUAAUGCAAAAACUUUAAAAAAAGGAGAUAAAUUUGGAGUUGUGCCCCUUCAGUGUACAGAACAUUAGAUGAGAUAAAAAAAAAUGUUCAGUUAUUUAAGCAAUUGGGACUCCGGGCAUGUAAUAGAACUUUACAGUUCAAACACGUGGUUUAAAAAGAUUCUGUUCAAUGAAACAGAACAGAACCCUGUGAAAGGAACAUUUUUUACUGACAUCCAAUUGAAAAAAGUGUCACAUACCAAUGAUUUAAAUGAUGAACUCAAAGUUGUUUCUUCCUGAAUUAUGGGUGCUUGCGCUGUCAUUCACAAGGGCUUACCAGUUCGGAUUUUAUUUUGCUAUGAGAGAAAGAGAUGCUUUAGAAAUCAGAAAAUUUUAACUUUACAAAAUGAUACCUUCUAGAUACCUGCUAAAAAGAAACAUGUAGCAACUAAAUAGCCAGUUUAAAUGAAAAUUGGAUGUUCAUUUUAGUUUAUUUUAUAAAAUCGUUUGAAAACAGUAUCUCAAUAUUUUUUUAAUGGUUCAGAAUGUAAGUUUUGAAAACAGAAUGUGUGAAUGUUCGAAUGAUAUACACAAAAUAUGAAUUAACUUGUAGAAAUGUUUUUAAAUAUAUUGUUUUGUUGUGUUUUAAUAUUUACCAAAAUGGCGGGAUAAUUUUUAAAACAUUGUAAAUAGUAUUAUUAUAUAUCUGACUGACUUAUUAGUUAUGUUCACUUGCCACAGAUAAAUCAAUCAUGCAAAACUAAAUCAUCCUUUAUAUAUUUAACUUCUGUUUAAUCAUAGGUGUUUGUUGCAAAAUUUUGAUAUAUUAUGUCUUUGUAUGAACUUUAAAAAAUUGGCUUUUAUUGAGAAUUUGUUUGGUACAUUUUUUUUAAGUGAAAAUAUUCUUUUGUACCUCUCCCUUCAUUUUAUGUCUUUACGUUGUUGUUUUUUUUUUGCAUAUUUAUUUUUUAUUUUUGACGUAACGAAGCUCCUGUUUUUUUAUUAUGACAGUCGGUCCUGAUAAACAUUUUUUUACAAUGUUGAAAAGUUUGUUUAGAAGUGUUGAAUAGCAUAUCCUUUAUUUAUUGUAUUGUGUCAUAUUUACUCGUCUAUAAGAUGAUCUGUUUAUAAGAUGGGGUCCUUAAAACUAAUUCAGAAUUGACAUUUAUUUUGCAGACUGUUCUCUAAAUACUUAAGGUGAAUGACACUGACUUGCUUAUUACAGGAGGCAACACAUUGGAGAGGACAACCGUAAGCUGAUAUAGUUUUCUGUCCAAUUCCUUAAUUAAUUGUUCUGUAAAUGUUUCAUGUACUACUGAAAUAAAAUAUGUUUAAACUAACACAUUGGGUCUGAUUUUUAAGGGGAAAACAUUGUCUUAUGGACGAGUGAAUAUGGUAGAUAGUAUUUUUAUAUAUGAUAACGGCAUUUAGCAUCUCACCAUUUAUCAUGAAGGUUGAGUUAAUUUCAGAUGUAAAUGUAUUUAUUUUGGUAAAGGUUGCAUAGACUUAAAUAUGCUUGGUGAAAGGUUGCAUUAUAUUGUGAGGGUGGAACUGAAAACUGUCAUAAUUCACUGAAUAUAAAAGAACAAGUUACGACAAUUUUCUGUUCAACUGUCGCUUUGUUCCCUGCAGUUGAAACUGCAAAAUUAUCAAAAUUUGUCUUUGUGCUAUAUACAUUGAUCAAUCAUGAAUCAGUGUUAACAAUAUAAAUUAUCGUACUUAUUAUAGUCAUUUGUAAUGGUACAAAGUUAUGAAAUUGUUGAUUUGCAUUAUAGCCUGCAAAUCAUGAAAUUGUGAAAUUUUGUCAUUUUUUGUAAAUCAUGUGUAAAUGUUAACUUGGAUCAUAUUUUAUAAACCAUGUUGCAGAACUGAUUACUUGA